GAAAUUAAGAACAAAUUCUCUAAGAGAGUUGCUUGAAUGAAUCAUCAAUCAACAAUGGCUUCCCAAGAAGGAUCAUCACAGACCAUCAACCUGAAGGUUCUGAUCGACAAGAAGAACAACAGAGUAGUAAUGGCUGAAGCUGAGAGUGACUUUGUGGACAUUCUUUUCAACUUCUUGACUAUGCCCAUGGGAACCAUAGUGAGACUCAUCAGCAAACAUCCAGAGCCUGCCAAUAGUGGAUCCUUGACCAGUCUAUACCAAUGGGUGGAGAAUCUUGAUGAGCAGCUUCUGCAGAAUCAAGCAUGCAAGUCCAUGCUACUUCAUCCAAAGAAUCCUUAUGAAGAGGAGUACGGUAGGAAACUGAAACUGAAUAUCGAUGCUACCAAAUACUAUAUUUGUGCCGAUUGGAAUUGUAGCCGUGAGAAUUACGGUUUGUUUAGUGCUUUCAAGAAUGACAGAUGCAACUGCGGGAAAAUGAUGGACAGGGAGAUACGCAGGAACAAAGAAUAUGUGGCUGGAGAUGGAGGAGUGUUUGUCUUUGGAAAGUCCAAGUUCAUGGUAACAGAUGAUUUGCAGGUAAAGUCUAUUUCUCCAGCUACUAUAGUGACACUGUUGGACAAAGUUGGGAUCAAAGACAAGAGAUCACUUCAAGAGACUACACUGAAUAUUGGCUCAGAGGAGAUUUUGAAUCUGCUCAAGAGAUCUUUAUUUUCCAAGACACCUCUGACAGAUGUUUUUGUUAGAAAGCAAGGAAUAUCUACUUCAGAAGGCCUAAAUUUUGAGAUAGCAGAUGCAGUGCAGUCUAAGAGCAGCGGAAGUACUUUAUAUAGAUUUCCAAGAGACAUGAGUAUGAAGUUAAUGAUGAGUAAGUCAAUAAACAAAGCCUUGUAUUCUGAAGCUGGGGAAGAUCUGGUUAACUUUCUCCUCAGCUUCCUUACCUUGCCUCUUGGAUCCAUUUUACAACUCUUGGGUGGGAAUUCAUUGCUGGGAUCCAUGGACAAUCUGUAUAUGAGUGUGGCAUGGUCAAGAAUUACCAAGACUGAUACUAUAAGGGACCUGCUUCUGCACCCCUGCCUCUGCCGUGGUUCUUACAACCCACUAGGACUAAAUGAAAUUGAUGGUCAGCCUGAUUCCUUGCGGUGUACAAGUUAUCAAAAUCCGCAGAAUAAAGAUGAUAACCCUUAUACUGCCUACCUGACUACUGAGCGGCAGCCUGAUCAUGGUCGAACAAGUGAAUGCUGUAAAUAUUUACAACUUAAGUUUCCACCAAGUGGAGGAGGAUUUCUCAAAGGACCAGCAAAUUUCAUGGUAACAGACAAUUUGGUUUUCAAACCUUUAGUCUCUAACUGGAGUCACUGUCUCUCCUUUGUUACACAAUUUAAAGUUCCCCUGGAUGAUUUGGAGGUCCGAGAGAUUAACGUGGGCAGAGAGCAGGCUUUGAGGUUAUUGAAGUUUUAUCUCUUCUCUAAAUCGGUGCCAACUGAUGCUUUGCAAGCCAUAUUCAACUUUGAAUUAAAGAGUCCCAAACAAGAAGAGUAAAUGUUGAUAUGGAUAUCAUGGGACUUAUAAUAAUAGCCUAUUGAGUUCAGUGACCUUUGUAAUGGUGGUUUUUUGAUUUAAUUUACUUGCUCAUAGAUAUAGACUUGUGUUUUUUGUUAUCGAUGUUCCUCUAAUGGCUCUGUUUACCACCAGUUAGCUAUGUGUUAUGGACCUGUUUCUCUAGUAAAUUCACAUUUCAGUUCUCAUUUUCA